AUAUGGUGGUGGACAAUGUGGUCUUUUCCCACUAUUUUCCACCCAGGAAAGCCCUUGGAGAAGAUGUGGAGCCAAAGGUGGUGGAGGAGAAUGAGGAAGAGCAGAGAAGGAGUUGGAAGCAGAUUGAGGAGAGCAGGAAGAGCUUGGCCAAGCUCCUGUUUGAUGGGACACAGCUGGUGACAGAGAUCCAGGUGGAAUAUGAUCAGAGGGAAGCACAGAGGAGGGAAGAGGAGGCAAAGGUGAGGCUGCACAGGCUGGAGAAGCUGGAGAAGGAAGCCAGGUGUGGCAUGGACAAGUUUGAGGAGAUCAACUCCAAAUGGGCCUUGGCCAAGGAUCUGAAGAUCCCACAGGAGCUGUGGGAGCUGCUGAAGGAGCAGCAGGAGCAGUGUGAGCUGCUCCUGGAGGACAAGAACCGACUCAUUGAGGAGCUGCAGCAGGAGCUGAAAACCAAGGAUGAGGAAUACGAGCAGAGCCUGAAGAAGCAAUCAGAUGAUGUUCACCUGCUCUUGAGGAGGAUGGAGGAGCAGACCAGGACCUUCCUCAAAACAUGCCGACAGAACCUCCUGCAGAUCGAGAAAGCUUUCGAGCAGGAGCACAAGGAGCUGAUGGACAACCACAGGAAGGAGUGGGAUGAGGCCAUCCAAGCCCACAAGGAGCAGGAGCUGGAAUACCUCGGUGUCCGUAUGAGGAAGGUGGAAGAGUUUGAGAAAGAGCUGAACCAGCUGCAGGAACAGGAUGAGGAGAACUACAACAGCAUGAAGCUCCAGCUGGAGAAGGAUGUGGAGAACCUGGAGAGGCAGCUCCAGCAGAUGAAAGGUUUCUACCACCUGGACCAGGAGAAGCUGGACUAUAACCUGGAGUUGCUGAAGAAGCAGGAUGCGGAGAACAACGCCCUCAGCAACCGGCAGAAGAGAAAGAUCACCAGGCUCCACACAGCCCUCCAGAACAUCAGGAACAAACUGGCUGAGCAGGAGAAGAGGUUCAAGGAGGAGAAGCAGAACCUAGAGACCGACUGUGUGCGCAUCCAGGGGCAGUACAAGGAGAUGGAGAGGAGGAUGAGGCUCCUUGCCCUCAGUGAUGCUGAGAAGUUCCGGAAGGUGUGGCUGAUGAACGAGGAGGAGGCCAAGGGGUUGAUGAGGAAAGCCUUGGAUGCAGAUAGGGUCAUCCACACUGAACAGCUGGGAUUGCCCUGGGAGGAACCUGUCUACUGGUUCAUGGAUAAUGUUGGUCCUCUGAGACAGCAGAAGGUCAAGAGGACAGCGAUCCAGGUGGCUGCAGAGAUGCUGAGAGGUGGGACCUAGAGUGAGGAAGGAAGAGAGGAGGAGAAAGAAAGUGCGAGCGGUGGAGAAGGAGGACCAGAAGUCACAAUGAAGGUUGAGGAUGGAGUCAAACCUCUGCAGAACAUCUCCAAGACAACUAUCAGGAGGAUCCUGGAGCUCCUGAGUGAUGAGUCGGGUUUCCUCGUGGAGAAGAAGCUGCUGAGGCCUCUGGAUGAGCUGCAGGGGCACAAGAACAUCCUCCUGAAGCUCAGCUCCAUCUUUGAGGCCCUCAGGAUCGAGGAUGAGGAUGACCUGUCCCAGCUGGUGGAAUUUUUCCUCAAGUUCAAAGCUCAGGAGGUGACUCUCAACCAGAGCCACGAGAGUCCAGCUGGAGAAGGUGCCAUGGAUCCAGCUGAGGGCAGAGAGGAUGGUGGAUGUGAUUCCCAGAAGGAUGAGCUCAAACCCCCUGGGAGCUCCAUGGGUUCCAUGCCCUUUGUGUCCAUCCACCCUGAUGAUGUCCUAAAGGUCCUGAAAGCAUUCCUGAAGGAUUUUGAGAAGCUGAGGGACAAGGAUGGAUCACCCAGGGAUGACCUGAGAGUCCAGAGCAGCUCCAGGGACGAGGAAUACUGGGAGUGCCUGUCGCACAUCAUCCCCGAGCGCACACUGGAGCUGUGGGACGCGCUGGCCACAGCCCUGAAGGACUAUCAUGAGGUCCUGGCCAGGAGAGCAGCACUGGUGGCCGAGACAGUUGUCCUACAGCAGGAGAACUCGGAGCUGGAGCUACUCCUGGAGGAGUUCCUCAGACCCAGAGUAAG